GCCAGGACUGCUCUGGACCCUCCCUUUCUUUUUCACUGCACACACCACAGCGAAGUCUGUGCGGAAUCCUAAACCAGCCCAAUUUACAUCCAUUCAUGAAUCUGUGACGUCAGCAAGCCUUCGGGCUUCUCUGCGGUGGGCUGGAAGAUUGUGUGGGUGGAAUCCCCCUCCUCCUUAUUUUUCUAAUUCUGCAAAGCUUUUUAAAUGAACCUUCCAUCUUUUUUAAAGCAAGAAACUGGACCCGCAUGUGUAGGAAUUCUUCAUUGUUGUUCUGAAGCCCCCUCUUACAUCGGAACUCUGCUCUAAUGAUCCUCUGAGUGUCAUCUCAGGACCUCGGGCACACUCAUGGCACGAUGGCCAACCCUCAGGAGCGCCUGAGCUGCUCCUCUUCUCCACACUUACCUUUGAGUGAAAACAAAACCUUCAAUGGACUACAAGAUGACCUCGCACCUGUGGGGAGCCACGCUUCCCCCAAGCUUCUUAAGGACCAGCAGGAAAAGGGCAUGGUGCAAACUGAGCUAGCUGAGGGCACCAACAGCCCUAUCACCACAACAGUGUUGACAAGCGUAAGUGAGGAUUCCAGGGACCAGUUUGAGAACAGCGUUCUUCAGCUAAGGGAGCAAGAUGAAUCGGAGAUGGCCAUGUCUCAUGGGAACAGCAACGCUGUGGAUGGAGAGGGCACAAGUGGAACUGAAGACAUCAAGAUUCAGUUCAGCAGGUCAGGCAGCGGCAGCGGUGGGUUUCUUGAAGGACUAUUUGGAUGCUUAAGGCCUGUAUGGAAUAUCAUUGGGAAGGCAUAUUCCACUGAUUACAAAUUGCAACAGCAAGAUACUUGGGAAGUGCCAUUUGAGGAGAUCUCAGAGCUGCAGUGGCUGGGUAGUGGAGCCCAGGGAGCUGUCUUCUUGGGCAAGUUCCGAGCGGAGGAGGUGGCCAUCAAGAAAGUGAGAGAACAGAAUGAGACGGAUAUCAAGCAUUUGAGGAAGUUGAAGCACCCUAACAUCAUCGCUUUCAAGGGUGUUUGUACUCAGGCCCCAUGUUACUGUAUCAUCAUGGAAUACUGUGCCCAUGGACAACUCUAUGAGGUUUUGCGAGCUGGCAGGAAAAUCACACCUCGAUUGUUAGUAGACUGGUCCACGGGAAUUGCAAGUGGAAUGAAUUAUUUGCACCUUCAUAAAAUUAUUCAUCGUGAUCUCAAAUCACCUAAUGUUUUAGUGACGCACACAGAUGCAGUAAAAAUUUCAGAUUUUGGUACAUCUAAGGAACUCAGUGAUAAGAGUACCAAGAUGUCCUUCGCUGGCACUGUCGCCUGGAUGGCACCAGAAGUGAUACGGAAUGAACCAGUCUCUGAAAAAGUCGAUAUAUGGUCUUUUGGAGUGGUGCUUUGGGAGCUGCUCACAGGGGAGAUUCCAUACAAAGAUGUAGACUCUUCAGCCAUUAUUUGGGGGGUUGGAAGCAAUAGCCUACACCUUCCAGUUCCUUCCACUUGCCCUGAUGGAUUCAAAAUCCUUAUGAAGCAGACAUGGCAGAGUAAACCUCGCAACCGACCUUCUUUUCGGCAGACACUCAUGCAUUUGGACAUCGCGUCUGCAGAUGUACUUGCCACCCCACAAGAAACUUACUUCAAGUCUCAGGCUGAAUGGAGAGAAGAAGUGAAAAAGCACUUUGAGAAGAUCAAGAGUGAAGGAACCUGUAUCCACCGAUUAGAUGAAGAACUUAUUCGAAGGCGCAGAGAAGAGCUCAGGCAUGCUUUGGAUAUUCGUGAGCACUAUGAGAGGAAACUUGAGCGGGCUAAUAAUUUGUACAUGGAACUGAGUGCCAUCAUGCUGCAGCUAGAGAUGCGGGAGAAGGAGCUCAUCAAGCGUGAGCAGGCCGUGGAGAAGAAGUAUCCUGGGACCUACAAACGACAUCCUGUCCGUCCAAUAAUCCACCCCAAUGCCAUGGAGAAGCUCAUGAAGAAGAAAGGCAUGCCUCACAGACCUGGGAUGCAGGCCAAGCGGCCAGAUCUGUUGAGAUCUGAAGGCAUCCCCAGUGUGGAAGUGGCUCCCACGGCAUCCCCUUUAUCCGGAAGUCCCAAACUGUCCUCCUCCAGCAGCAAGAGCCGAUAUCGGAGCAAACCACGCCACCGACGCGGAAACAGCCGAGGCAGCCACAGUGACUUUGCGGCCAUCUUGAAAAACCAGCCAUCCCAGGAGGAUUCACCCCAUCCCGCUUCCCUCCACCAAGCUGAGCCCCAGUACCCUUCUCCCCAGCACCAUAAUCCUCUGCAGCAGCAAUACCAGCAGCCCCCACCUGCCGUGUCGCAGAGUCAUCAUCCCAGACUCAAUAUGCACGGACAGGACAUUGCCACCUGCGCCAACAACCUGAGGUACUUUGGCCCCGCAGCAGCCCUGCGGAGCCCACUCAGCAACCACGCUCAAAGACAGAUGCCUGGCUCUAGCCCUGACCUCAUCUCCACGGCCAUGGCGGCAGAUUGUUGGAGAAGUUCUGAGCCUGACAAGGGCCAGGCUGGCCCCUGGGGCUGUUGUCAGGCUGACCCCUAUGACCCCUGCCUUCAGUGCAGGCCAGAACAGCAUGGGUCCCUAGACGUCCCCUCGGCCGAGCCGGUGGGGAGGAGCCCCAACCUUUUCAAGCCACCAGCACACAAUCCCCUCUCAGAAAAUGCCCAGGGUUCUAAGAAAAUGGAAGAAAAUGAAUUCAGCGGUUGUCGGUCUGCAUCAUCCCUUGGCGCCUCUCAUCACAUCACUCCCCCAGUGCUACCUCGCAAAACAAGGCCACUUCAGAAGAGUGGAGAUGACUCCUCUGAAGAGGAAGAAGGGGAAGUAGAUAGUGAAGUUGAAUUUCCACGAAGACAGAGGCCCCAUCGCUGUAUCAGCAGCUGCCAGUCGUAUUCCACCUUUAGCUCUGAGAAUUUCUCUGUGUCUGAUGGUGAGGAAGGAAAUACCAGUGACCACUCAAACAGUCCUGAUGAGUUAGCAGAUAAACUCGAAGACCGCCUGGCAGAGAAGCUCGAUGACCUGCUGUCCCAGACGCCGGAGAUCCCCAUUGAGAUAUCCUCGCAUUCGGAUGGGCUCUCUGACAAGGAGUGUGCCGUGCGCCGCGUGAAAACACAGAUGUCUCUGGGCAAGCUGUGUGCGGAGGAACGUGGCUAUGAGAAUCCUAUGCAGUUUGAAGAAUCGGACUGUGACUCUUCAGAUGGGGAGUGUUCUGAUGCCACAGUCAGGACCAAUAAGCACUACAGCUCUGCUACCUGGUAAUGAAAGAACACCCACCCUGAAGAUCAUGACUAUACUGGCAUUUCAAAUUCACCCCACCCCCAGACUCUUCCCACUCUCUCCCUGCUUUUUUGUCUGGGAGGAGAGCUGCCCCAUCUUUCUUACCCCUAGAAAUGAGCUGCAAUAACAGGAACAUGAGACUUCGCAAAUCUCUGGAGAAAAAUAUCCAAAUGAAAUUAAGUCUCACUGAACAUUUCAAUCAAGAAUGGCAGGGAUCUAUUUUAUUGAAUAUUCUAGCUACUGUAACAUUGAUAUUUAUUUUUGACAUUUUAACACUUUGUACUGUAAAGAGUGAACUAUAUAUGAUAGAGAAAAAGACAAUAAUUUCUUGCAGAAAAAAAAAAAAAGAGAGCGAGCGAAAGGAGGAAAGAAAAAAAGUGAAAUUUAGGAGCAACAUCCUUGGGAGUUUGUGGGACCAGGAGGUAUUAUUGCUACUUGAACAGGGGACCAGUUCUUUUGGCCAUAAGUGACUGAAGAAGAGCCAAAGCAAGACAUACUGAGCAUUUUAGAAAACAAAGAGCAGCAAAAGAAAAGCAAUUCCAGGUAACUUGUGAACAGACCACACUAAAUUCAACCAGCUUGUCCAGAUGGGUGAUGCAAAGACCUAGGAAAGUUUGGCGACCAGGUAUUUGUAUCCAGGGUCUUUGAUGGCAUGUGUUCAAAACUGUGUAUGUGGAAGCUGAUCUUUUUAAAAAAAAUUUAAGCAGCAUUUGGUAGUGAGACUUAGAGAUAGUGUCCAACCUUGUCCUUGACAAAUAUUCUGCUUUUUAAUGCUGUCAGUAUCAUGACCUUGGCGAGUGUGUUACUUUGACCAAUGUGUUGAUUUUUCAGACUUGAGUGCCAUUUUCCUGUAUCCUACUUCCUUCCCACCUGUUGACUAUUUCUUUUAGGGGAGAAGGGGGGCAGGGGAGAGAGAGCCCGCGGAAGAGAGAGGAUAAGACAACAGUGUUGGAAAAGCAAAUGUGCAAUCUGUGAAAGGACAUUCACAGAAGGUCUCAGUUUAACUACGUGGAGAAGAUGGGAAUCACCCCUCCAUGGGACCAGGUUGUUUGUCUUCUAGAGUUUUAUUGACUUAAAUGGAACAGUCUUGGAAGGCAGCUAGGAGGUGUGUGAGUCUGCCCAAUGUCCAGUCCCAGACCACACCCCAUGUUUGUAUUAACUCAUUCUAAACCCAGAAGCUUUCGUGAGUGACUGCCACUAUCAGAAUAAAGGCAAAACAGGCAAUUUGCAAAAGGCAACCCCUCCCCCACCAUGAUAGCAUUUCUGUUAAAUGCUACUUGUAAAAUGUAUUUGGCUCCAUGCAAUUUUGAAUAAUUUGAUUUGGAAAUUCAUAGAAAGAACAACUGAUGCUAAGCAGAGAUUGGAAAGAUUUUGUAUUGUCCAAGGCCUGACGUCCUUUCUGUCCCCAGGAUCAUGGGCUCUGAGAAACAAACCAAGGUAUCUCAUGGUGCCUCAGCUUUAAGGAAAUUUUAAUCUAGAAUUUGAUAUAAAAACAGAUGUUGGCCUAGAUUCUGUCUCCAAGAUUAGUCACUGCCAAACACCCUUUCUAGGCUCAAGACCUAGAGAGGAUGGUUUAAACGCUUUGACACUGCAUCGGAUUGGACAUCAGGCAAGACUUACACACACAGAUAUUAAACCAUUUCCAAUACAGGUGAAAGCAUCGCCCUCCUCCAAGUGUCACUGAUUGCAUCGGCCAAAAAGCAAAAGCAGGAGGGAAUUUAGAGCAAUUCCUUUUGCUUGUUUGAUCCCUCAGUUUGUUUACACUUUAUGUUGAGACAUUGAUUUAAAAUUUAGUGUCUAUAAUUUAUAGCUCUUAGGUAGGAUGAAGGAAAAUGUUUAACUUAUACAGAGAGCAGUAUUGUUUCAUUAAAUUAUUCCAUUUUGUAUGAAUUCUGUAGCUGGACUACAUGAAAGAUCUUAAGUUAUGGCAUUAUUAUCAUUGUUAUUUUAUUUUAUAAUAAUUAUUAUCCUUCUCAUUUUCUGUCGAUCAGAAGGUGCGGUUUAUGGUGUAGCACAGUGAUUGUGUUGAUUGCUAACCAUGAGUUAUUACGGAUUUUUAUGAAGGAAUGAAAAUGGAACUGCCGUGUGGGAGCUCCCUGGUAUUCGUCUUAGCUGUAUUCCCUCAUUUUCUGUGUACAACAACAAUCAUCUGAGGAUGCGGGUACUGCCCUGAGGCCCAGUGGUUAACGCUGUGAUUUUGACUUGAUCACAAAAGCUCCUAGGUGGGCAGAUGACUGAGUGGUGGACAAAGUUCCAAAGCUGUACACUUUCUCAAGUUUCUUAAGAAAUAAAAUCAUGUGAUCCAUUAGAAGCACAAGAGAAUUAUUUAAUGCCCUGAGAGAAACAGUCCUACAGGGAACCUGCCUGGGGCCUGUGGGAUAGAUAGUUUCAAGAACUGGCAACACGGUUUGUAAUCUCCUUCCUGCUAAAUCCCAUCAAACCAACCUUUUUUCCUCCUAGUUAGGAGACUAAAAAAACAGAAAUAGAUGGCAUGACCAAAAAAAAGAAAAUGCCUAGCUGUGGUGAUGAUUAGAAAAGUUCUAGCCUGAGGCCUAGUCUGUUAGUCACAGAGCUGGAAAGGCACCUUUUAAAGCCCGUAUUUUUCAUCCUCUGACUUCAGACAACACUGUACUGUGAAUCUCUCUGGCUCAUUACUUCUGAGAACAGAGAGGCUACAACUCUGUGUCCUCUUUCUGUCCAACAUAAAACACUGACCCUUCAGCUUGUCCAAGCCUAGCCCACCUAUAGUGGCCAAAGAGAAACAUGAAGGUCAGCGUGUCUUAUCCCUUUCAAUGAUGAUCUUCCUGGAAAAUCCACUCCAAUACCUCAUCAUUUUGAUACCUUUUGAAUUCCCAUCUGGACUGUCUGUCAUGAUAAUGCCAUAUAUCUAACUGGAUUGACUGUUAAGAGCAUGUUAGGGCCACAGACAGUGUUGAAUCUUCAAGUCAUUCACUGUAUGGUCAAGAGCUGAAUAAAGUUCCACAUUGAACAUUUUACUUAUUUUCUUUAGUAGAAGUGACUAUAGAGGCUUCAGAGAAGAACAGUGUCUUUAGAGAAAUACCUUCUCUAUCCCAGGCCGCCCUUCACUGCCUGCUUUGAAGUAACCAGGACAGUUUUGAAUUGGUGUGUGUUUCUUUGAGAACAACUCCACAGUCAUCUGAAGAGUGUGGAAUGAAGAGCUCAGGGAAUUUUAAGAGCUAAUUCUUCAGUUUGACAACUGGGCAAGAGCACUUUAAGGAAACUUCCAGGACUAUGAUUUCAAGCUUCAGUGUCGAUCAAAAGUUUAACCCCCUUGGGAUGAAUUCCACAUUCAUUUAGCAUCUGGUUUUGACUGACUGCAAGAUAAUGAGUUUUAAUUUGUGUUGCAGAUGAGCAUUUGAUUCUGAUUCGCAUCUAUUUCUAGAUCAUGUCCUCUGAACAACAAUUCCUCUUAAAAUUGCUUAGCAGAGGGACUGAGAAGCCUGCAUCCCCUUUGAAGUUAUAAUAGACCUUACCACUGCUAAAGCCUGCAUCUCCUUUGAAGUUAAAAUAGACUUUACCACUGCUAAAGUUUAGAUCUGUUUGUUAGAUUGUGGCAAACACCUUCCCAGGGAGGUGAAGAGCUAGCUAGCUGUGUUGUAAGAUGGUUUGGUAUGACCUACUUGAAGUUUAGAUAUUUAAAAACUUUGGUAUCAACAAAUCCAUCCUUCUAGAAUUAAGGAUAUUUUUAGUUGGAUUUAAUUAGUACACUGGAGUUCCAUUUCAGGACCUCAUUGUACUGAAUUUGCCUCUUAUCCAAGUAAUAAUAGACUUGAUGGUUUGGGGUUUUCUUGGUACAACCUAAUUUUAAAUGCCCUCUCCCACUGUGGAGCACUGAUUUUUUUUUUCCAGUGUGAAUGUAUCCUUAUUGAUCAAAAGAUUUACCUUUUUCUUCCAUGCCCUUAUGUCUCACUCUCCACCCCCUUUUCUUAAAAUGUUUCUACUUGAACUUCUUGCAACUGAAUUCCAUAAAUCCCAAGGAAUUCCUGCCGUGCUCUGCUCAUAGUAGAGUUUGCUAAGUUGUGUUUCAUUUUUCUAUCAAGCCAGAAACCAGAAUACCACCACAUACCACCAUCUACUAUCUUCACCCUUGAUAUCCCAAACUAUGUUAUUGAUUGAUCACCAUAUUCUUUCCUGCUGAAGCUGGACACACCCUCCGAACUUCUCACAAUACAGCACUUGGAGCAAUAAUUACCACUUGAUUGGAACUGGUGUGCAAGGGGAGAUCUAUUUGCUGUCCCAGCCUUAGCCUCAUAACUUCCUAAGGUGGUUUGAGAUCUUGAGUUAGCCCACAUGGGAGAAUGACGGGAUGUACCAGUAUUCUGCUUAUAGGUCCCAUCCUGUGGCCAGGGGGGCAGCAUGAAAGGCAGGAAAAAGGCUCCAUGCCUUCACCCACUGCCCCUUUGGUGUAUGAUUGCAAUUGAAUUCCACAAUGUCUCCUCAUUUACAUCACUUCAUUGUGUUAAAUGAGUCUGUUCCUCACCACCUUCUAUAAACAGAGGGUUAAUGAAGAAGUCCCAGUUGCUUGCUUCUUCCUUAGAUUCUGUGAGACUGAGAUACCAAAAUGAUGUGACAUCCUUUUUAAGACUUUUGAAUUGUUCUGUCAGUGUGAAUUUAGUGCCUUUCUAGGCAGCAAGAAUUUUCUUCAUUGCUGAUUUCAUAGAAAAAAUGCCCUAAUAUACUCACACCGCCAGUGUUACCAACAUAUACAGACUAGCACAGAAGAAAUCACAUUAGUCUGCCUGUUUGCACGUUACAGCCAGUACUGCAGCACCUGUUCAAACUGGAGCAGACUAGACUGCCAGGUGGAGGACCUUUGUAGGAACUGGAACACUUCUCAGAACAGGUGCCAGAGAGGAGAGCUCACUGUUCUGAGAAACGGGGUCACCCAAAAGGAGUUGGGUGAAGGCUUCCCUGUCACGUGACCAGAGCACACGGGCAGAACUUCACACAGAGCCAAGUCCCCCGGCAGACAGCAAGGCCACUGUAAGGGAAGUGCUAGUACUAGUCGCUCAGUCAUGUCCGACUCUUUGUGACCUCAUGGACUGUCCGUGAAAUUCUCCAGGCAAGAAUACUGGAGUGGGUUGCCAUUUCCUUCUCCAGGGGCUCUUCCCGACCCAGGGAUUGAACCCAGGUCUCCUGCACUGCAGGCAGAUCUUUUCCAUCUGGGCCACCAGAAAAGGUCCUGUAAGGAGACUCCCAGCCAAGUCCCAGGCCUGCUCUCCAGAGCCACUUCACAGCACUCGGGGGAACACUGGCUCCUGGCCCUAGGCUGCUGCCUGGUGACCAGGCAGAUGGGGCCCUCCAGGGGCUGCAGGUCAGAGGGAACCCCCCAGAAGGUGCAGGCUAAUAGGAAGAUGUCCCUAUUGACUGUGUCACCCAGGGAGCUCGCUCCCUCCAAAGUGCCCACUUCUCAGGUUCUGGAAGUGUGACAACCCACUUGGAUUCUUGAUUGCAAUAAAAUGUGAGCUCAAUUUGAAGUGGAUUAACUUCUUUUUUUGUAGUCAAGUCUCAAAAUUAACUCCCUCAUCUGCGUCCUCUGUGGUCUCCGGUCCUGUUAGCUCUCCUGCUCCUUGUGCAGGUUCUGAUGCCGGCUCUCCCUCUUUGUAUAGAGCAAGUGUACAGUGAUGGGAACAAGAGCGACUAUCAAAGCAAACAAAUGCAUGGAAUUAAACAAAAAGUGUACUUCA